AUGCAUUCCUCACUCAUUGUACCGUCCGCGCUUCAAGCCUUGUGCUUCCUUGCCGGCUUUGCCUCAGCUCAGACGGACGGAUUCGAUGCCAUCACGCGUCCCACCAAAAACGAGAGCAUCACUGCUGGCUCGACAACCCACAUCACCUGGGAGUAUGAUGACAAGUGGCCAGGGGACAUCACAAUCACGCUCAUCGGCGGUAGUAGCCCUUCCACGCUGUCGCCUGUCGAUAAUCUCACAUCGAACUAUGAUAAUUCCAAAGGCGAUUUUACAUGGGCUGUCGACAAGAGCCUCGGUGAAGAUGCAACCUACGGUAUUCAGAUUUACUGGAACACCAACUCCUCGGUAUUCCAAUGGUCCAACCCUUUCCACAUCGUUGCGUCCAAAGACAGCGGCUCUAGUGUCGCAUCACCCAAGACGUCUGUGUCUGUAUAA